CACGAAACAGAGAGCAACAUUUUUGAUUUGGAGUAGGAACAAAUUGUUUCAGCAUUAGUUUUUUGAUAAAAAGUUCAAUUUAUAAAGUGCUAAUAGUGUUAAAAAUUGUGACAAAUUGGAGAUUGGUACUUUGAAUAUCCGGGAACGGUAAAGGUGGCACCCGAGAUGGCACCGAAAUCGGGCAAAAAGACCAUUUUUCCGAACAUCUCUGCCACCGAAAGUCGCCAUGAAAAUACGAGCACAUAUUCGGCAGCUACAAAAACAGCAGCAACAAAAAGAAGAUAGAUUCCAGCAGGCAGUCUGAUGGAAAGUAUCAUCGUCGGCCGUCGGAGAAGCAAACAAUAAUAACAAUAAGAGGAACGAAUCAUAAACAACAAAGAAUUUUGCCGACACGAGAGAGAAAAAAAAAUAACUUCGUGUUUACGGGAAGACGAGUAAAAGGAUAGCUGAAAACGGUUUUUCGGAAGAAUGAGCUUAGAAUUUGUGUCGAUGACAAUUAGUAAAGGCGAAAUUUGAAUCAAACCAUUCAUUAAGAAAUAUUAGAACCGUGAAGAUCGAAAAUGGCACCUAAUCAACGCAACCAGUAUUAUAGUUAUUGUUAUCUAGUGGUGAUGACGGCAGCAGCCCUUUUGGGCCAUCGGCGAGUGCACGCCUCUACAGGCUCUACGCCACCAAAUCAUAUCUUUGUACAUAACGUAGUUCCUUCGAUAAGUAAUCUAAGUGGUAGUACGAUAAGUUCCGAUAAUAGCAGCAAUAAAGUGCCUUCCUCGUCGUUAUCGACGGGCGGUGUUUCGGCGGCAUUUCCUUUUGCGCCAAUGGUACCGGUUAUUCAAACUCAGCUGCCAACCAGAGAUAGCUACAUCCAGGAGCUUAGCAAGUUGCUAGAGAUGAAAUUGAAACGGAUUCGAAAUCAGGAGCUGGAUGUUCCCUCGGUACAGGAACUCUACGAUACGAUGGAAUUUUCUUCCGUACUGCGAAAUGAUCUAGAUGAUCUGAAUAAAAUGGCUAAAAAGCUGCUGAAAAAAAUCGAACAAGCUGCAUUGGUGAUAGAGAAGCUGAAGACUUUUGUUUAUGACACCACAAUGCAAAGAAGUGCCAAAUAUAACACACUUAUUUAUCCAUGUCCGUACAGCGAUAUGAUGAACCCAUGGGAUGAGGAGCCCCAGUUUGACUUGCAAAACUUUAUACAGAGUACGAAGGCGACGAAUGCUUCGAACCCUCUUAAACAGCUUGGAAGCGAAAAUGGAUUUUUGGAGUUUUCCCCAUUUCCAACCAAUCCCGAUGAGAGACCGCCAAAGAUCCGAAUAAGUGAUCAAAGUGUGGAUGACAACAAUCAAAAGCUACAAAAGCGAUUCGUUGAGCUUAUUAGUUAUUUGCAGAGUAACUUUUACAAUCCGAAGCAGAUAUUUUAUUUGUCUGCAUUUGAUCAAGUAAGUGCAUUCAAAUGCAAUUCUUAUCCUAAGGAUGGAAGACUUAAGUCACUAUAUUUAUCAGCGGUAAGAAGGAAACAUUUCAUGAUUCUACUGGACAUCGGUAACUCUGUAAGUUUUGAUCAGUUUGAAGUUUCCAAAGCGAUCAUAAAAUUCAUGAUCUAUCUGCUUAAUGAAAAUGACAAGAUCGCAAUCAUUGCUGUCAGUCAAAAGCUUACAACAACUGAAAAUUUGGUGGAAUGCAGUAAAGGUCCAUUUGUGUCCGCUACUAUGGACAAUAAGGAUCGAUUGGUGGACUUUAUAGAUUCCCUGAAUAAAACGACUUCUGCAGCUAAUCGUGUUCCUGCUUUCCGGUAUGCAUUCAAGGUUAUUAGUGAAGCCUACCAGGGCGUAGAUACGGAACUUCCGAUCGUAUUUCUGUACCUUGGAAGGGCGCAACUUUUACCAAUCACUGCAGCAGCUAAGACAGUUAUUAGAGCAAUUUACGAAGGUCAAUCACGGUUGCCAUACCCCGUCAUGAUAAACAGUUGUCUGGUUUUGCUGGAUGAAAGAGAAAUUCCAUACGAAAAGGAAUUCAUAUCAGAUGUCACUACUCAGAACUACACCAAGUAUAAUUUGAGUAUCACAUUUAAACAACGUCCGGGAAAAAUGGUCAUGAUUUCCAAGCACAGUUUCGAUGCCCAACGAUUUGUUCUAGCUUUGAUUGAGCCGUUUUUAAAUGAGCAACCAUUCAUUGAGGAAGGCAUGCGUAUCCAUCUGCCCUACUUCGAGGCUGCUUCUCACGAUUCUUUAGUGACGUUAACAGCUCCGGUGGGAACGCAUGGAUUGAUGGGAAUAGAUCUGUACCUAAGCGAUCUUUCGGAAGAUACAUCCUAUUACAGACCAGACGACGAAAGUUAUACUUUUCUCAUCGACAUAAAAGGUAACACAAUAAUGCACCCGUCUUUUCCAAGACCAUUGGCCGUAAGAGAAAACUUUUACAUCACGAACAUUACUCGACUGGAGAAGAAAUUAACGGCUGCCGAUGUGAAUAGAAUGCUUUUAGAAGAAUAUGGGAAUCUUACUAUCAAAGGAGUAGGUUCAGAAGAAAGCACUAUUUAUCUUUGGAAACGAGCACGUUACUACAUAAUUUGUCUAGUACGCCAAAUCAAUUAUCAACGAAACCCAAAUAUUCUACUUAACGGCGCCAACUCUCGAUCCGGUCAAUCACAGCAGUUACAGUAUUAUCAUUCACGAUCGAACAUCGAUUACAAUUUUAUCAGCAGUGAUGGCAUCAGCACUCGAAAUCUCCUAACUGAUCUUAUUUACCACCGCAUCGAUAUCUAUCCAGCGCAGCUUCAACGGAAUCCUUCCAGCACGAUGGCCACGUAUGAUUCUUCUUCACAAGAAACUCUUCGACCCUGUCGCUUGAUGAAACAGUUGGCUCUCAACGACGAUUUUACUCUUUACCUUAGCUCGUCAUCCUUCCAAUCGCCCUAUGCCCACAUUCGAAAUAAUCGGGAUGGUGCAAGUGAUGAAGACAACAUACGAACUAUUCAAAACAUAAUGGCCUAUUUGAAGGACACCACAUCUCUAUUUGCCAAUCCUGGUUUGCUCCCCGAAGUGCGUGGAGAUGUAUUAGCCCUACUCAAAGUAUUAGCAAACUAUCGACACAAACAUGCCGAGAGUAAACUUAGUAAAUACAUCAUUCGACGAUAUGCUGCUACCGUCAAUGGAGUUCUCGAAAUGUUCCCUGGAGGACUCCUGGAUACGGAUAUCGAACCCACAAAGCGACCCUGGUUUGUUAAAGCCAUGGAAUACCCUGGCAAAAUAGUAGUCACAAAGCCCUACUUAGAUGCCGGAGGAGCCGGAUACAUAGUGACAGUUUCGUACACCAUUUUCGAAGGCCUGGCCGAUGCCCUGCACAACACCGACAACGACAGACCGAUUGUGGUCGUAGCUCUGGAUUUGACCCAGGGAUUCUUCUAUAAACUGCUGAAGGAGUCCUCGAACAUUUGCUCCGCGGACAGCAUGAAGUGUUUCCUGAUGGAUGAUCGCGGCUACCUGAUUGCUCAUCCGAAACUGAUCGAACCGGCCAUCGGUAACAAUCGUCGGAUUUUGGAACACAUUACACAUAAGGAAUCUCAGGUUGCCAACGAUAUCCUGAACCACAAACAGCUGGUGACGAAAAAGAUGUGUUACAACUAUGUCAACAGAACCGUUCAGCGAUUUUAUCAGUUCAAUAUGUCCCUGACGGAAGUUGUGACCAACUUGAUGUAUGGAGAGAAGACCAAGUACCAGAUUAUGCUCGUUCCGGGAACGAAUCUGUUCCUGGGUAUCGUGAACACCACGAAUGAUGGGGGUGCUUUUUGUCCGUGUAGUACGGUCGGAAAUUCGUGCCUCAACUGCAACCGUAUGGAGCAAACCGAAUGCGAAUGUCCUUGCGAGUGUCCCCUGGAUUAUCAGGAGGAAUCAAACAAUAUCGAUGAAACCUGUCGCCGGAGCAAUUUGAAUGCCGAAAACUCGACAACAAUGACGUCAAACGGACGCCGACCGAUGCCAUCUGCCGAUGUCACUCCGCUAUGCUCGCCGCUGCCGGAAGAACUGAUUUCCAUAAACGCGUUGAACUACGAAAGCGAAGAGGAGCUGAAAAGCUGCAGCAACAUAAACUGCGAAGACUAUUCGACGCAGGCCGAUUGUCUAGGACUCGUGGGCUGCGAAUGGUGCCAAGUGGACAUAGACGGAGAGAAUACGCUCACCACACCGUUUUGUACGUCUCAACUAACCUGCUUCAAUGGGGUUUUUGGAUCCGCCACGCCCUACGGCGACGUGAUCAGUAAUAACAUUAUGGAAUCCGUACUGCCUCCGGCUUAUAGUGCCAUUGGACCUGUAGCAGGUGCUAUAUUAGCCCUAUGUCUAGUGGUCGGCUUUGCCAUGUACUGUUAUCGACAGAAUAGUGAUCAAAGUGGAGCCUCGGAUCAACUCUACGACGACUUAGUGGUAGAUCACUGUAACGGUGUUCCGCUGUCGAGGUUCGAUAUUGAAGAACCUCCAGAUGACUGUGAUCUAGGUCGCACAAACCCCAAACAGAACUUGCUCAUGAAUGGGCAGAAUAAUGCCAACUAUGUUAUUUUCCCUAACGUCGCAUCACCUUAUCAAAUGUCUUCCAAUUAUCGUCGGCCAAAUCCAGGUUCCUCGGAUCAUGGUUACUCCACCAUGACUCAUCACGAAGAGUCAGAACAUCUUUGUCUAUCAAAUACGGAACCAGUGGCGCCUCAUCCUGGCGGCAAGCGGCUCUCUAUGUCCGAUUCGGUAUCGAUUAACACCUCAGUGUCCAGUCCGUACAGCAAUCACCAGAACUUCCUGAACCAACCCAAGGGCUCUCCCCAGCCACAGAACGGCCAACCGGAAGAUCAAACGAAGCUGGUCGAUCCAUCACAAACUAUUCUGGCCUCGCCUACAUCGGUGUCCAGGACUGGAGUUUUCGGGGCAGGACACCACAUCCUGGUGCCGGUAACAGUUCACCGCAAUAUGGAUGUUUCCUAACGAAUAAUCAUUAUUGUGCUAUUUAGAUUUCUGAUCUAAACAAUCAAUUAGAAGUAUGUGCUAGCCUAGAGUAUUACAUAGCUAUAUAUAACAAUAGAUGUUAGGUAAGUAAGUGGACUAACAACCGGUCCUAACCUUAACCCAGCUAAUGAAUGUACCUUGAGCACGGCGUUUUGAAAAAUGUGUUUUCCCAGCCCGUGCAUUUCACCCAGAGAUUUCCUAUUGAAAUAAUUUUAACAUGUGGACGUUUCAAUGGCCUAGGACAAUUGUAGGUUUUGAAAGCGUGUUGGCGAACAAUAUAUGGAAGUUAUGAUCUGUCACAUUUUUCUUAUUGCAGAAUUUAACACCAUCUAACAUUUCAACCAGUGAAACUGCAUACUUCGUAUAAAACUUAUUUCCGCAACAAUUUUAAUUGUAACCGUAGAUUUCCCUUCAAAAUUACGAAUUCAAGCAGAAAGCUUUGCGACUACGAUUUCCACACUUAACGUUGCGGAAAUAAAUUUGACGAACCCUAAUCCACAUUUGUAAGUAUUGCCCAGCCGAUUGCCUAGUGUCAACAGAAAUUAAUUAAAGAAAACUGCGAUGGAACACAUUUUUGAAUAAAAACAAAGAAAAUCACAGACUGAACAAACUUAGCCCUCUGCAAAACUUUGUAACGAAAACAUCGAAACUGUUUGAGCUUCAUUUUAUUUAUAUCGAGAAAAUGUAAUGUCAGUUUUUAGGCUUAAAUUUAAUGACAAAAAAAAAUCUUUUAAAGAAGUUCCAGGAUCUUUGCUCUGGAGCAAACAUGAACGAACUAAAAACUUAAUCCUAAAACGGCUGCCAAUUAUUUUUAAGCUUUAUAUAUACACCACAAACAUAUAAACUAAAAUCUAAAUCUUAAAAAAAUAACAAAUUUACAUGAUCGUUGAAAAAAUGGAAUGGUGCAGCUCAAUUAUUCGUCAGAUUGUGAGCAGAGUUGUAAAUUAUUUUAUGUAUUUUUGUACAAUCAUAUGUAAUACCUUAUACCUGUAGAUGUAAUUCGGCAAUCAACGGUAACUAUCGCUUCUGAUCACAACUACUUUAACUUCAUUCAACGAAUUAUAUGUAACUGUUUAUGAGCAAACGAUCAUUCGGAGUUAUUCAUACGGUAAAACGGAACGUAAAAGUGAUUGCAAUUAUAAUUUUAAUCAUUAAAUAUUGAUCAGAAAAAAAGAGAAAUUACAAAGUUAUGGAUUGAUGUGAAAAUAAAUCAAA